AUGCGUCUCACGAGCGAGCGUAGCUGGGCAAAGAUGGCGGCGGGCUCCGAUUUGCUGGAUGAUGUUUUCUUCAACACAGAGGUGGACGAAAAAGUAGUUAGUGAUAUAGUCGGAUCUCUGGAGUCUGAACUAACAGGAGCAGGGCAAGUCAACAUAUCCACCGGAGUCCCGUCUGCAGCAAAUCACACCGGCAACUCAGCUGUAGGUAGUAACUCCAAUGUUCAGAGCAGCAAAAUGGGACUUUCACAACAAGAGCUUGCUAAAGCAGGGACAGGAGGUGUCAUUAACAGUACGGGGUCCCACGGUUCAGGCAUGGAUGGAGCAGCCGGGACCACAUCGAGCAUGACAGCCGCUCAGAGUCAGCCCAAGUCGGGGACAGCUAGCGGAGUCGUUACGGUAGUAUCAGAUGCGGCAUCUGGUGUUAAAAAACCCGGGACUACUGUUGUUCAAACUUUGAAUGGAAGUACCGUGGUGAUGAACUGUCAUAUCACCGGAGGCGGCAGCAACUCACAGCCCGCUGUCACGCUUGUCAACAACGGACCUGUCUCUGUGAGCAAAGGAAGCGCAACAGUUUUAUCUGCAGCACCGAGUACUAUUAUACGAACUUCUUCAACGACAGCGAGUGCUGUAAUCUCGUCUCAGCCCUCUGUGAAAAGUGUACCCACAGUCACGCUUGUGAGGCCACCUAUGCAAACUCCCACCAACACCUCGCAGAGCAACCCCACAACAGUUUUAACAUCACCAGCCGUCAGUGUCACCAGCACGGCUGGCUCGCUUGUCAACAAGUUGGACUCCACCAAAACUGUCUUGCAGACUGGUGUCGUGGCUUCAACUGUUGUGACAGGGACAACAACGGCGACCAUCAGGAGCCCCACUGUUUUGCAAAACUUGAGGACUUCAGUGCCGUCAACAAUCGCUGCCACUCCUCCUGCAGGAAUACGAGCUAUUGCUCCACAGGUGUUGGCCCCUCGACUCACUCAGCCUCAACCAAACGCCCCAAAUAUCCAAAACAUCCAACUCCCUCCAGGCAUGGUCUUGGUUCGCAGUGAGAGUGGGCAGCUGCUGGUGAUUCACCAGCAGACCUUGGCUCAGAUGCAGGCUCAGUCGCAGUCUCAAAGCGCCAUGACUCCACGACCUGCAGCCCCCACCAGCACUCCACCUGUCCAGAUCACCUCUCUACAGGCUCCAGGCGCGUCACUGCUGGCUCGCCCCGUUACCCCCACCACUAUCAUUAAACAAGGUUCUACAGUCCAGACCACUGUGACGGCCACCACCACUCUGCAGAGGCCUCCUGUGCUGCAGAACACCAUCAUGCUGGGAGGAACUGCCACCAGCCCGGGACAGCCGCUGGGAACGCCGACCACCGUGCAGCCUGGAUCUGCAGCCACAGCAGUUACACAGAGGGUAACUGGGACCCCUGUCACUCCAACAGCUAUCACAGCUGAGACACUGGAGAAUGUAAAAAAGUGUAGAAACUUUUUGUCCACAUUAAUAAAGCUGGCAUCCAGUGGAAAACAGUCAUCUGAGACAACGGCCAACGUCAAGGAGCUGGUCAAGAACUUGCUGGAAGCGAAGAUAGAGCCUGAAGAUUUCACCAGUCGGUUAUACCGGGAGCUCAACUCCUCACCGCAGCCGUACCUUGUGCCUUUCUUGAAGAGAAGUCUCCCAGCACUGCGUCAGAUGACCCCAGACUCAGAGGCCUUCAUCCAGCAGAGCCUGCUGCCUCAGCCCAGCACUCAGACUGCUGCAGCAGCCUCCACAGCCCUCACAGCUGUGGUGCUGAGACCUCCUCUCUCCACGGCUACCACGACACCCACCAGCACUGCCGCGUCCAAAACCACAGUUAUCAGCCUCACUCAGACCCCGCACAGUAAACCUGGACUGAUAGUGCCACAGCAACAGGGGACGAUGGUGAGGCCACAGGUGACGCUGGCUCAGUCUCCCAUGGUAACACUCAGAGGACAAUCUCAUAGCCGCAUCAUUGUGGGUCAACCACAGGUGGUCAGACAGCUACAGACAGCAGUGAGGCCAACGUUGGCUCCAGGGGUCAAAGGAGUACAGGUUGUCAGUCAGGCCUCUCUCACUUCUGCUCAGAAGAACAAGCUGAAGGAAGCGGCCGGGGGGACCUUCAGGGAUGAUGAUGAUAUCAAUGAUGUGGCGUCCAUGGCGGGAGUCAACUUGUCUGAGGAGAGUGCUCGUAUCUUAGCAACCAACUCAGAGCUCGUUGGCACGGUGACUCGCUCCUGUAAAGACGAAACCUUCCUCUCCACCUCCUUACUCACCCGCAGAGCUCUGGAGAUCGGUAAGAAGUUUGGUGUCAGCGAGCUUGGCACAGAUGUGAUCAACUACAUAUCCCACGCUACACAGCAGCGUCUACAAAACUUGCUGGAGAAAGUGUCACAAGUGGCACAGCAGAAAAACAUAACCUUUAAGGAGGAUGAGCGAUGUGAGCAGGCCAGCGAUGUGCGAACCCAGCUUAAAUUCUUUGAGCAGCUGGAUCAGAUGGAGAAGCAGAGAAAGGAGGAGCAGGAGAGAGAGAUUCUCUUAAAGGCUGCCAAGUCUCGGUCACGGCAAGAGGACCCUGAGCAGCUCCGACUGAAACAGAAGGCCAAAGAGAUGCAGCAGCAGGAGCUGGCUCAGAUCAGACAGAGAGAGGCCAACCUAACGGCGCUGGCAGCAAUCGGCCCAAGAAAAAAACGGAAAAUGGACUCUCCUGUUCGGGGCGCCAGCGCAGAGGGCUCAGGGUCGGGCCCCUCUCAGCCCGGAGGCCCCAGUGGAGCAGGCUCCAGACAGUUUAUGCGACAGCGCAUCACCCGAGUCAACCUUAGGGACCUGCUCUUCUGCCUGGAGAAUGAAAGAGGGACCAGUCACUCACACCUGCUCUAUAAAGGCUUCCUCAAAUAGCACCCGCAUUAAAAUGACUAGUCUCGCUCAGUGGCAUUAAGGAAACAGAGUUGACUGUCAGCUCAGACCCUCUCUGCCGGUACUUCCUUUGAUCACCCACUGCUGAAUGAUGAGACGUCUGUCUGUGGGAAGAGAAUUAUCUGGAACACUGGAGAGACGCCUUCUUUUAAAAGCCUCCUCAAGCACAAGUCUUUUGUAUUUUCAGAGGAGCAAAAUAUUUGAACUCGGCCCUGAUUUCAGUGCUCCUCUCCGCUCGGUUUGCUCUUCAGAGACCAGUUGCACCCAACCACACUUCACUCAUGCACUGCCUCAUGCUGCACACAAGGAAAAAAACGUCUUAAACUGAACCUAGCACUUCAAAUCCGAAGACCUUGUCAGUGUCAUUUGCACUGACAUCUGUGUUGUAGCAGCAAAUCUCUGUGAAGUGGUUCCAUUUUAGAUGAAUGUGCAGCAUGCGGGUGUAAAAGCCUGCUUUUACAAAACUGCAGUAAUUUUCUCGACCAUGCUAACAUAAACACUCUGUUUAUUUAAUUUCCCAACAGAGAUUUUAAUUUAUCAAACAUUUAUACUAUAUUUUAGCUCAGUUUUAAUGCCUGUGGAUUGUUUUAAAGAGACUAAUCUUGAACUAGCCUUGUCAUCUGCUGAGUUGCCUUCUUAACAGAUUAAGCCAUAUGGAUUAGAAUAUGUUGAUGAGCUUCAGUAACUUCAUCAGUUCUCUCCGGAUUUGUGGGAUGAUUGCUUUGUUGUUUUGUUGUGCGCUUUCUUUGUCUUUGCUUGGUUGGAAAAACAAAAAUGAUUGUUUAUAUGUCAUGUGUCGUGCAUGACGUUAUCACAGGUGAUGAUAUUUUGAACUCUCACCACCAAAAGCAUUUUUACCUUGAGACUUUUGUACAGUGGUUGAAAGCAAAAUUCCACCUUUUAUUCAGAUCGUAGCACAUUUACUACAAAGACAACAUACUUAACAUAACUAUCGAUCAUUUCUUAAGCAAACAAUACUCGAGGUAAGAUUUUUUCUUACCUCAAAAGCAAUCAGUAGUUUUCAAUAAUUUCUUUAAACUCAACUGAACUUUCUAUCACAGUGAACAUCCUCUUCAAGGUAGCAGUUUGUUGCACAUAUUUCAAAAGUCUAUAGGUUUUCUUGUGUGUUUAAGAGGACCUAUUAUGCUUUUCCUUUUUUUCAUCGUAUAGAUAAUGUCACAGUGUCGCAGGUUUUCAUAUUAAAUGUGGCCAAAGUUUGAAAUAAUAAGGUAAACAUAUGUAAAAGUUACGUAUGUGAGCAAAAAUCUCAGGUCUCUGACCGUUUGAAUACUCUGUUUCCAUUGAUUUUUCUGCUUUCGAGACAAGCUGACGUCAGGUGUUGAUGAAUUUCUUUAUAUGAUAAUCUGCUUCAGGCACACUACUGCAAGUGUUUACAUUACGUAGCCUACACUGCUACAUGUAGCUACAUGCUAACGUCAGGGAAACAUGUAG